UUCCCCUUCACCCUCUGUACACACGAAUCUUUUCUCUGAUCUUCACACUCGUAUAUCAAGAUUGGUUCGUGAAUCAAAAACACAAUCAUCACACCUUUCGUCCUAAUCCACUUCUGUUCAAACCUUCUUUACAUUGGAAAUGAAGAAAUUAUCAUUUGAUUUCGCUUUCAAAGCGAUGUUAAUAUGUUCUAUGUUUCAUCUAUGUCGGUCUGGAUUCCUACCGGAGCCGGCUCAGCCGCUGAAACCACCGGACGACUCUUCUCCCAAUACAGUCCCUUCGUUUCCGGUCCAGACUGAGUCAGAACUUUGCCGGUUGGAUUUAUCUGCCGAGUUAUUCGGAGGUGUAAACGCCGCCUGUGGUCGUAAUCUCGAUAGGAGCAGGUGUUGUCCGGUGCUCGCAGCGUGGCUAUUCGCGGCGCACGCUCGAUCGGCGUUAGAGGUGAACGCUUCUGCUCCGGCGACUACUGACGCAAUGCCCAUGAUGCCUGACGACUCUCAGAACUGUGUUAACUCGUUACAGAGCUCGUUGCAGAGCCGGAACAUCCAUAUACCUCAGCCUAAUGCCACGUGCGACGCCGUAUUGUGCUUCUGUGGGAUCCGAUUACACCAGAUCGGUUCACUUAGCUGCCCCGCCGCGUUCAAUAUCACGACGACAUCUCGGAAUGCAACUCCCACCGCCGCUGUCAAAAACCUGGAGAAGAAUUGCCGGAAUUCUUCCUACGCCGGCUGCACGAAAUGUCUCGGAGCUUUGCAAAAGUUAAACGAGGGCAAAAACGGAACAAGAAAGAGCCAUCAUGAAGGAGGUGAUCGGGCGAGCAAGAUUUUGACACGUGACUGCCAGCUCAUGGGGCUGACGUGGCUACUAGCGAGGAACAAAACGGCGUACAUACCCACUGUUUCUGCUGUAUUACGCGCCAUCAUGUACAGUGCGCACCCACCCCACGAGUCCAAAUGCAGCCCUGAUCAAGAAAACAUGCCAUUGGCCGUCGAUUCAUUGCAGUUCGAGAAAUCUGCAUCAUCUUCGUCACGUGCUGGUUUUCUUGUAAUGACGAUAAUGCCCCUGGUUUUGGGGUUUGUCUAAUCGUCGUUAUUCUUUUGUCACGUCCGUUUUGGAUUGUUUUGUGAUGGAUUUUACUGUAAAGUGCAUGUUACCUGCUUCGGUUUUUCGUAUUUUGGUGGAUAUGAGACGGAAUCACGUGAAAGGUUUCGUGGGGCAUAGCGCCUAAUGUUUAGGGUGUUGAUGCCUAGGGGUAUUUUUGUCUUUUACCUUAAGGGCACAUCUGUAUUAUUCUGGAUUGUAGUUAGGAAGGAAUUUCGAUUUUUUUUUUCAACAAAGGAAAUAUUUAAGAGAGAUUAUUUAAA